AUUUGUAGAAAAAAGGUGAUAAGAACAUUUCCAAUCUCAAUGGCAAUGUAUUUGAUAGAUGGUUAGCAAUGUACAUUGCCUGUCGAGAUGUCCUGUAAAGAAGUGACAGCAGCUAACUCACUGAACACCCCAUACGCAAUCUGUCAAGCGGCAAAUUAUUUGUUGUCGUGUACCGAUAUUAAAUUGUGAUCGCGUUGUUAAAUAUUUUUCACAUUAUUAACUUUACUGUUUUAAGAACUAAUUUUGUAAUGACUAAUAAAAAAGAAGAGAAGCCACAACUUGAAAUUGAGGUUGUAAAAAUUAACAAAUGGGAUGGAUCUGCAGUGAAACAUGCACUAGAUGAUGCAGUAAAGAAUUGUCUUUUAUGCGAUCGUCCACAAUUAAAGGAACAAUUUGGUUUGAUCAACACCCGGCUGGUGUUGUGCGCACUGGCCGUAGGUGUUGCAGUGCUGGCGCAUGGUUGGGACUACACACACCCAUUCCCAGAGUCUCGCCCAGUCUUACUCUUUAGCGUAAUUGCAUAUUUCGCGCUAAUGGGAAUUCUCACACUUCAUACAACAUUCCGGGAAAAAGGUACUUUUGCGGUUGCAGUCCAAAAGAACGGCAACAAUGGACCACGAACCUGGGAAGCUAGCUCCGAUAUGAAGAAAUACGAUGACAAAUACACACUCACUUUUACAGUAACAGAUACUAAGGGUGUCCGCGAAGUAAGCAGCACUAAAUCAUGUGCCAAUUUUAUUGAUGCCAACGGUGUUGUGUUGGAUAACUUGGUUGCCAAUGAAGUCAAUCGUUUGUUUAAUUUCUUGUCAGCUGGGAAAAAGGAUGAGUAGCUAGCUCUGUCGGAUGAAGUACGAGUAUAAUAAUGUAUUUAAAUUAUAGUACACACAAUGAAAAAGGCAAGAAUGGAGUUGAUGAUGGCGAUGAAAAAGUUGAACGAGUUCGUGAGGGCGUUACGGAUACGGCUGAUUUAGAUUUGCUGCCAUUGUGUGUAUAAUAACAAUAUACCAUAAAUGUAUAUUGUUUUACAUUAGUAAUUGAAUAUUUCCAUAUAAUUUGUAAGCCUUUGAAAAUAUGCAUUUCGCCAAUAAUCAUUUUGUCCAAAAGAGAGCCACCUGUUUUCAAUUUAUAUACUUGGAGAUAUUCAUGAAUGUUAUGUAAGUAUAUGAACUUAAAAAAAAAACUUUAGUAAGGUGAAGCGUAACAAAAGUAUCAAACAAAUACUCACGAAUAUUGAAUUUUUUAGACAUUCCAAGCAAAAAAAAAAACGAUUUCUUAGCAAAUGUCAGAAAUAGAUAUAGAAAUAUAAUAUAAUUUUAGUAAAAUAUAAAAUGUACGAAAAACAAAUUUAGAAAAAAUCAUCGCAAAAAAUCAUACAUAUUCACAAAAUUACCUGUAAAUAAAUUCGAAGUUCCAUAAAGAGUUUGAAAAUGCGCGAAAUUAUUACUAUCCAAAUUGGUGCCAGCGGAAAUUCUAUAGGUGAUGCUUUCUGGCAUGUGAUCUCUCAUGAACAUGGUGUAGACUAUGCAUCUGGACGCUUUCAGGGCACUAGCGCUUUACAAUUGGAACGCAUCAAUGUCUUUUUUAAUGCCACCGCGAGUAAACGAUUCUAUGCACGAGCUAUUUGUGUGGAUACUGAGGCGACUACAAUUGAAAACCUACACAAGCGCUCUUCGUUGUACAGACCCGAAAAUUUCGUAGCUGGCACUGAUAGUGCCGGAAACAACUUUGCUCGAGGUUAUCACACGGAUGGCGCAGAAAUUCUGGACGCCGUGUUAAACUCAAUACGACGUGAAGCAGAAUCUGUGGACUCAUUGCAAGGAUUUCAAAUCCUACACUCAAUAGGGGGCGGCACGGGUUCCGGUUUAACAGCUCUCGUCAUGAAUGCGCUUGUGGAUGAAUAUCCCGAUAAUCUUAUAUCGAAUUAUGUCUCGAUACCUUCACCUCAAAUGUCACAAGUAGUGGUUGAACCUUAUAAUGCCUUGCUGAGUAUGCCGUCGCUUAUUCAUAAUUCCCAUUUAACAUUCUGCCUCGACAAUGAGGCGCUUUUCCAAAUUGUCUCACGGAAUUUGAAAAUGGCCGUCAGCGGUUAUGAACACAUAAAUCAUAUUGUGGCACUUACCAUGUCAGGCAUAACCACCUGCUUGCGGUUUCCAGGUCAACUUAACGCUGGACUUCGUAAGCUCUACGUCAACAUGGUACCGUUUCCCCAAUUACAUUUCCUAAUACCUGGUUUUGCACCACUUAUUAGCUGCAAACAAAAAGAGUUUUCCCAGGGCACGGUGGCCGAGUUGGUACAACAAAUCUUCUCAUCCAACAACUUAUUAUGUGCUGUUGAUUUGCGUCACGGAAAGCUUUUAACUGCAGCUGGUAUUUUUCGUGGUCGCAUGUCUCCACGCGAGGUGGAUCAAUUAAUGACAAAUGUACGUAACAAGAAUUUGAGUAGUUUCGUAGAAUGGAUACCCAAUAAUAUAAAGACUGCCAUAUGUGAUAUACCGCCGAGAGGACUUAAGAUGUCAGCAACUUUCAUUGGUAACACUUCAGCUAUCUAUAAGCUCUUGCAACGUAUUUUAGAUGGCAGCAGUAUAAUGUUGAGGCGCAAAGCUCAUUUGCAUUGGUAUACGGGAGAGGGUAUGGAAGAGCAAGAGUUCAUAGACGCGCAACAUGAUUUGCAAGACACGCUCGAUUUAUAUAAACAGAGUGGCGAAGACAUUCCGGAAGGUGAAAAUGUAGAUGGUAAUUCAUGUGCACAAUGCAAUGACACUAACGAUCUAAAGUGAGAAACAAAUAAUAAGAAAUGGAGUAAACAAGCUUUUUGAACAAAUAUAUUUUAUUUUCAAAAAUUCA